AUGAGUGAAGAUAAUAAUACAACAACAAAUAAUAAUAAUAAUAAUAAUAAUAGUGAACAAUGUUCAAUAUUUACUGAAUUAGAUAAAGAAUUAGCUGCUAAAGCUAAACAAGAAUAUGAAGGAGGACAAUAUGAUGUUUGUUUGAAAACAUUACAAAAAAUUCUUGAGUCAUGGCCAGAUGAUCCAAAAGUUUUGUUUAAUAUUGCAUUAACAGAAUAUGCUAUGUCAAGUUUUCAAAAAACAGAUAUAUUUAAAACACAACUUAAUAAAAUAGCUGAAAAACUUCAUUGUUCAUUAGACAAUGUAACAACAUUGGAAGAACCCGAUCAAUGUACAUUAUUUUAUAAUAUGUCUGUUCUUCUAUAUCAUAUGCGUCAAUAUCGUUCAGCAUUAUUAAUUGUUGAAAAACUUUUUCGAUUAAUUGGACAAAUUGAUGAAACACUUUCAUGGAAAAUUUGUCUUCUUUUAUGUGAACUUGAUUUAUGUACAUUUCAGCCAGAAAAUGCACUUGCAACAGUAAUACAUCUUGAAAAAUUACUUAGUGAACGUUCAAGUUCACCAUCAAACGGUCUUUCACAUAGUCCGAAUAUGCUUAAUGAUAGUCUUGAAAUUCUAAAAUCAAAAAUUAGUUUGUAUAAAAUUCGUUGUUUACUUAUGCUUAAAUCAUUACGUACAUGUAAAAAAGAAUUAAAACAACUACAAAAUACAAACAUCUCAUCAACAAGUUUAACAUAUGCACGUGCAAAUUUUGAAUAUUUCAAAGAAAAUCAUACACGAGCAUUAAAAAUUCUUACAAAUAAUCAACAAACAAAUUCAUCAUUAAUAUCAUUACAAACAAAUUCUUCACAUUGUUUUUAUAAUAAUCUUUCAUGUAUACAUUUUCAUUUACAUAAAUCAGCAUUUGCAUUAUUUUAUAUGCGUCGUGCAUUAACAGAAAAUAAUCGUUUACUUAUUGAACAAUUAAAUAGCAAUGAUAAACAAUUAAUUAUACAUAAUAUUAAUCGUAAAUAUGAAAUUUUAUAUAAUCUCGGUAUACAAUUAUUAUUUAAACAUCAACCAUUACCGGCAUUUGAAUGUUUAAUUGAUGUUAUACAUAUUUAUUCAAAUAAUAUACGUUUAUGGUUACGUUUAGCUGAAUGUUGUAUUAUGAUAUAUCGUUCAUCGAAUGAAGAUAUAUUUAAAUUAGAAGAAAAGUUAAAAUGUGUUUUACAAUCAAUUGGUAAUGGUUUUCAUCAUAAAUUAAUUUUAGGAAAUUGUAAUACAUCAACAUCAUCAAAAAAAUCAACAAUUACAAAUGGAAAUGAAAAUUGUUCAAUGGAAUUUGCUUUAUUUUGUUUAAAAAAUGCUUUAACGUCAUUACCAAUUAUAACUGAAGCUGAUUUACAAAAAGAAGAAACAAAACUUUAUCCAGCACCACCAGGAAAUCCAAUGCGAAUAGGAGAUAUGAUUGCAUUAAAAUGUUCAAUAUUAACAGCUGCUGCUUAUGUAUCAUUAUGUUUGAAUGAUUUUGUUUCGGCUAAAAACUAUGCAACAAAUUUAUUAGAUGAACCUCGAGCAUCGUCCGGACAUAAAUAUCUUGCUCGAUUAUAUUUAUCUGAAAGUUUAUUAGCAAUGAAUAAAAUUGAAUUAGCACUCAAUCAACUUGAUGCUGAAAUGAUUAAAAAUGAAAAUGAUCUUUCAUUUAAAAUGCCUAUUACAACAAUAGAUAAAGAAGAGAAAUCUGAUACACCAGAAAUAACACCACCAAUUCCAAAAGCUGAUUUAGUCAGUUGGUUACCACGUGAUGCACGUGUUGGACAAGCCAUUGUAUAUUAUAAUAUUGCUGCUAUCUAUGCUAUUACAAAUGAUGUUGAAAAAGCUUUCAAACAUUUCAAUUUGUUUGUUAAUUUAUUUGGCAAAACUCAACCAGCUCAUUCAUUUCAAUUAAAAUUCUAUUUAGAUUUACUUGAUGGUAAUCGUCAUCGUUUACAAAUUUUAUUAAAAGAAAAUUUUGGACAUUUGACAUCGAAUAAAUCUUUUGUUGCAUUUCCAACUCUUACACAUACAUUAUCAACCAAUAAUUCAUAA